AUGUACCCUCUCCCUCACCCCACCACCAAACCUGUCAUCCACACCCUCACCCCCUCGCCCAAAGGCUUUGACCCCGUGUACCGUGACACCAGGGAGCCCCUGCCAGACAGGCUCAAGCCACUGCUGGCAGAGUGCUGGGCGUCAUUCGAGCUGCUGCGCGCGCACGCCCUGCGCCCGGACGCAGCGCCCGGCCCCGCCGCGCCGCUGCAGCUGGCUGCCCCGGGGCCACCGAACCGCAGCGCCUCCAUCAGCGGCUCCGCCCCGCCCGCGGGCGCGGGCGCGGGCGGCGGCGGCGGCGGCGGCGGGGGCGCGGCAGCGGGGGACAAGGCGGUGGGGGGUGUGAGCGGGGGUUCUCACGCCCACGCGGGUGACGCGCGCAACGCGGACGUGCUGGUGGGCGUGAGGGACGGCGUGCUGGACUCCUUCGACCUGCUGUGGCGGCCACAGGCCAAGGUCUCUGUGCUGGACAGCGGGUUCAUGCUGGGGGACGGCGUGUGGGAGGGGCUGCGGGUCCACCGCGGCGUGGUGGUGUUUGCUGCGCAGCACCUGGAGCGGCUAUGGGAGGGGGCAGCCGCGCUGGACAUGGACCUGGGGGUCAGCCAGAGGCAGCUGCUGGCGCUGGUGUACCAGGUGCUGGAGGCCAAUGGCAUGGGCUCCGCCACAGGGGUGCACAUACGCCUCAUGGUGACGCGUGGCCUCAAGUCGACACCAUACCAGGACCCGCGAGUCACCGUGGGGCGUCCCACCAUCGUGAUCCUGCCAGAAUGGAAGGACCCGCCUGCAGAGGGGGAGGGGGGCCCGCGGGAGAGGGGGCUGCGGCUGUUCACGGCAGCCAAGGCUGGUGCCGACGAGGCUCUGAUGCUGGACCCCCACGGCUUUGUGGCCACCUGCAACUCAACAAACUUCAUCAUAGUGCGGCGCGGGGAGCCCACCCUCGCGCCGUGUCCCGCCGGCCCCUUCAUACUGUGA